AUUGAGUCCGACAAGCAAUAAUAAUUCAGCCUAUACCCUACCCGUAUUACCGGUGGAACCAGUUGGCGUGUGUCGUUGUUCCUGUCUUGACUGCCACAGCAGAUUGUUAUUUUGACGUGAAUCGGCUCCACAGACGUGUCGUGUGUAACAAUAUUGAGUAGACGUCGAGUAUUGGUCGGCUAACGGAACGUUGUCUGCAUUGCAUGCUCUAAAUAGCCGACACCAACGUCCAGGCUUCUCUUUUAUCGAGCACACCAGGAGGGGGAAACAAGAAGAGAUGACGAUAAAGAAAACAACGAAGUAUUUUUAUUCGUAGAAUUGUCCUUCAGUGUCGUCUGUUACGAUCAUUCCUGUUGCUUAAAUGAAUUUCCUGCGUAAUCGUGUGGUGGUUCUGGGCCUGGUGUUGCUGGCCACCGUCCUGCUGUACCUGCUGCUGCCGUCAAUACGUCAGGGCAUCAUGGAGCCGUCCCCCGACGCGCAAAGACCUGUCUUCUUGGCUACUUCUCCCCCUGCACUUCCCAACCUCAAUGUGUCAGUUCACACCGGACAGCUUCCUGGAGACCCGCCGCUCUUUUUCCGUGAAGCUUUACCCCUGGACUCGGCUGGACGCCAGAUACUGCCCAGGUUACAAGUAGUACUUCUGCAUGGGCAGGCUUUCACCUCUAAAACCUGGGAAGAUCUUGGCACCAUGGCCCUGCUCGCAAGUAAUGGAUAUCAUGCUUUAGCCAUGGACCUGCCAGGUUAUGGCAAGUCUCCCAGCUCGGAGGCUCUAAAAAAUGACCAGAACCGAGUGGGCCUGCUCUCCAGGUUCAUGGAAUCUCUGGGCGUGAGGUCAGCGGUGCUGGUGAGUCCCUCCAUGAGCGGACAUUACUCCAUCCCUUUCCUCAUGAAGAACAGCGCACAGCUGCGCGGCUUCGUUCCCAUCGCGCCUGUUGGUACGCGCAGUUACACACCACAGGAGUACCAGAAUAUUCAGACGCCGACACUCAUUGUGUUUGGGGCCCUGGACACUAAUCUGGGCGCCCAGUCUCACAAGAAUCUGGCCCAGCUCCCACAUUACUCCGUGCUCAAGUUGGACGAAGCUCGUCACGCGUGCUACAUGGAUAAACCGCGAGCAUUUCACCAAGGACUCAUCGACUUCCUCAGCAAGCUUAAGUGAGACAGAAAGAAAAUAUGACAUUUUUUUUCUGCCUGGUCGGCUUGUCAGAAUGAAUACAAAGUACCAGUAGAGUGAAAAAAACAAGUUGCCUCUAUUUUGAAGCUAUAAUCAUAAAUAUAUAAUUUAUGACACCAAAAGACUUACAAAGGUUGCGAGUAAAUAGAUAUGAUCAAAAUAGUAUCAAAUUCAUGGAGAUUCCCGAGCCAUUUUGAGAGUUAAUGAGCUAGUCAGUCACGUGAUCCGUGACGUAGCGGUGGAAACCACAGAUCCCUUCCCCAUCAACAACAAUACUGAUCAAGCAGACUUUGUGAGAGCCAACAAAAAUUAUUUUAGGACAAAUGAUCUAAAACUUUAUAUUUUUGAGCUCGAACACAAGAAAGAUGUGCAAAAAGUUUUAAAAAUUGAGUGCUAAACGGAUGCAACUUUAUUGAAACACUAAAGUAUCAGCAGCAUUGCUAGGUGCUACACAUAAAAACUAACCAUAAUAAAAACAAACACUUACUGUACAAUUUCCACUCUCGCUUGGCUGCCGACAAACAGGACGCUAAAAUAAUCUUCUUUUUAUGAAGUUUCAACCGCAAUUCUUACAAAGGGUUAAAAAAAAAAAAGUUGCCGCAACUACGCCUUUUUAGACAUCUUGGGGGAUAUCAAAUUAAACCAAUCCCUCAGUCCGUAGCCACAUUUGUCUACUAUCGGGUGAGAGAUGCAUUAAUUAUAAUCUAGAAUUAACUUUCAACAUGUUUGAGACAAUGCAAAAGCAGCUGCCCUCUUAGUGUAUCAACAAUAGCAGCGUAAGCUAGUAUUAACUCACUGAUAACAAGACCCCACUAAAAUAGGCCGUCUGUGUUAGCGCUUAUAAUAACAAUAUCACUCAUAUUUGUUUAAUAUCCAGGUCAUGACAUUUGAAUGGAAUAUUGUUGGUGGUUUGUGAAUGUUUUUAGAGGGUUUAAUUGGCGUAGUUGACUCAAUUGUGGGCUAUUUAUUCAAGAUUUUGAAUGCAAAAAAAAAGCCAACCAUAUAUGUUCUUGUCUUGCAUAAGGAUUGUGAAUGAUAAACAGCACGUCUCUCUCCAAUUUGUGUGUGUCUCCAGUAUGACUCUUCUGAUAACAUUGUCAAAAUGGCCGUCUGAAAUUGGGGCAUUUUGUGAUGUUUCAACGGUAUUUUCACAUACUUUGCAGAUUGUAAAUAAAAUUGGAUGUGGUUUAUUGGGUACCAAGAAACAAUUAAGCAUAUAAAAUCAACUUGUUUUUUCACUCUAUUGGUACUUUAAAGAUUCCCACCUCCUUUUUAUGUAUUCAUAUCCAUCAUAUGUGCAAUAAGCCUUCACUUGUAAAGUCGGGUAAGGGUUAUUUCAUGCCUCUUUGCAUGCAAAAACAAACAAAAAAAAGCAUUACAUUUUGUGUCCCUGUUGCCUUUUUGUAGGUGGGUGGGAGGUAAAUAUGCAAAUGUAGCAGCAGCAGUAGAUGCAUGUGUGUGUUUGGGAAUGUCACUUCUCGUUUCAGCUCAAAAAAAACAAAGCUCAUUCUCUUCAACAUGGGAGAAAAUUAUUGUCAACAUUUGAAAGCAAAACCUGUUUAUUUAUAUGAUAAUAAAGUAUAUAAGUCUAAUAUA